ACCGUGCAAAUCAGCAGCAAAAAAUGGAGGAGCCACAAAACGGCAACGCCAGUCGAGAACGACGAGUAUGCAAUGAUUGGACCCGGUCCACCGCCGAAGGCCCGAGCCAAGCGUCCUCUUCAGUUCGAGCAAGCUUACCUUAAUUUGUAAAAAUGGCCUGCUUUGUUGCACAAUUUCAAAUGAUCGGUCCGUGAAAAUACAUGAUGGUCAUGAUCUGCCUUCCGUACGUUCAUGGCACUGCUGAGUGGGUCUACAAACAAGGGGAUGUCAAAGCUGCAACAUCAACAGCUCACCAUUUUCAUAACAUGGGGUUUUAACUCCUGUAUUCUUUCUUAUUCCAUGGUGAAGACCUUAACUUUCUUUGUUUCCUUUUCUAUUCCAUUUCUCCAGAUACAUUUGGAACCAGUUAAAGUUAUGAAGUUACAACCCUGUAUUUGACACAGUGAUAUCUGCUGAUGCAAAGGGGAUUAUUGAAUACUGGGGGUCCCACCAUACUUCAGUUCCCAGAGAGCGAGGUAAAGUUUAGAUUGAAAGGUGAUACUAAUCUAUUUGAAAUUGUGAAGUGUAAAACAAGUGUUUCCACUAUUUAGGUGAGCCCAGAUGGUAAGCAGUUUUCCAUUACAUCACCUGAUCGAAGGAUACGCGUAUUUUGGUUUAGAACGGGAGGCUCAAGAUCUCCAGAGAAGUGAUGCUCCCUUGUACCGGUUAGAGGCUAUUGAUUUUGGGUGAAGAAUGGCUGUUGAGAAAGAAAUUGAAAAGACAGAAACUGCACCUCCACUGAUGCUAUCUUUGACAAAAGCUCAAACUGCCUUAUAUAUGCAACCCUCUUUGGAAUAAAAAGAACCGGAGGAACCUGAGGAUGCGACUAAAGGUAGGGAAGUGUUCAAUGAAAAACCUCCACCCAAAGUGGCAACAUCUCUUCCUGACAACGUGGCGGGUUUUUUCCCCAUAUCCAAUUUUACGUACUACAAUGGGAGACGUUAACGAGACUGUACCCUGAAGAAUGUCCAAAAACUGUAUAGAAUUUCACGACACACUGCUGGAAUGGCUACUAUGAUAAUCUUAUCUUCCACUAUGUCAUCAAGGGUUUCAUGAUACAAACAGGAGACCCAUUGGGAGAUGGCACUGGUGGGCAGUCUAUCUGGGGAAGGGAAUUUGAGGGUGAGUUUCACAAAAGUUUACGACACGACAGGCCUUUCACAGUAUUGAUGGCAAAUGCAGGCCCAAAUACCAAUGGUUCUCAGUUCUUUAUUACCAGUGGCCACUCCAUGGCUGCACAACAAGCAUACAGUGUUUGGUAGAGUUGUGAAGCGAAUGGAUGUUGUACAGGCUAUUGAGAAGGUGGACAAAGCAGACAAGCCAUACCAGGAUGUAAAAAUCCUAAACGUGACUGUCCCCAAGUCUUAGUAUAAUCUUCUUUUAGUGGUGAAUCUAUAUUGAUAUGGUUGAUGGUGUGGCAAAGAAUCACGUGUCAAAACAAAGUUCAACUCCUGUUAUCAUUUGGGAUGGACUGGGUUGCCAAAGGUUUUGCUAUGCUGGCAAUUUAGUUCACAAAAGGUUUUGUAUUUUCUUGUCAACGAGACCGCGAGGAAGAUUCAUUCUACAGCCCGAGACGCCUCCAAAGAGAACGAAAAUGGGGGGUUCUAAUGUUUGGCAAGAGCAAAGGAACUUUGUCAAGAGUUUGCAUGAGCAGGGGAUAUUGGACAGUCAUUUUGAUGAAAUCCUUGAUUUACCUAGAGAGAGCCCUCAGUUUGUGAUUGAUUUGGUCAGCACAUUCUGCAGUGAUGCUGAAAAUGCCAUAGCAGCAUUGAUCAGAUACUUAAAUGAACCUGAUAUCAACUAUUCCAGAGUUAUUGACCAAGUUCACCAGAUCAGAGGCGCUAGCUCUUGUAUUGGUGGCCAUAGGAUGGCCCUUGCUUGUCGUGAGCUCCGAUAUGCUUGUGAAGACAAGGACAAGGACAGGUGCCUUGCAGCUUUAGGCAAGACCAAGGAUGAAUAUCAAAUUUUGAAGGAGAAGUUCAAUAUCAUCUUGCAGAUGGAGAGAACUAUGAUUUCCGGUGAAUCUAAAAGAGGCCGACAAUAGAGUCCUGAAUUGUCUCUGCUGCUGUGUCAGCUGACUCGGUGGAAAACCAGAGUCUGCUUCUAUCUGCAAUGGGCAUGUAAAUAAAGAGUUACUGGAACUAGUGGUUCAGAUUGUUUUAGACUAUUAAUAUCUUUUGUUGAGUAUUACUACUUGCCCAUUUAGCAUGUUUUUUUUUUUAUUAGCUGGUUCAGGGUAGCAAAUAUAAGGAUAUAUGUUAGUUACCUCCUGAUCUUUCACAUAGCAUAGUUUCCUUCUUCUAAGACAAUUGUUGAACAAACAAGUAAGCAGAGUUUGAGAGAAAUGAUAAUGUUUUUGGGGAUUUGAAUCC